AUGAGCGCCGAAGCAUCUCAGUCUGCAGUCAGCGGGAGCAAGGAACCGAUCUCUGAAGAUGUUUAUGAGCCUCCGCAGGAUCAAAGUGAAUCAACGACUGGACCUAAUCUGGAGCUUGAACCUGGGGAGUUCAAUGUCGAUAAUGUCGAGCGCAUCUACAGUAAACUUGACUGGCGGAUCAUUCCUGCCCUCUGGGUUCUGUACUUUAUGACUUCUGCAGUUCGCUCCAAUGUCAGUUUGGCGCAGACCAUGAAUGAAGGUUCUGGUCACGACCUGGCAAGCGUCCUGCACAUAAACAGCCACCAGAUCUCCACAGGAUUGGCGCUUUUCUAUGUCGGUUAUGUGGUUUUCGACCUUCCAUCUAACUUGGUUAUGACUCGUUUAAGUCCACAUGUUUGGUUGAGUCGUAUUGUGAUCAGUGCUGGACUGAUCGGUACCUGUAUGGUCGCCAUGAAGGCGGCCUGGAGCUUCUACUUGCUUCGUCUGCUUUUGGGUAUCGUUGAAGCUGGAUUGUGGCCCGGUAUGACAUACUACCUGACUCUUUUCUAUCCACCCUCUCGAAUGGGCAAGCGCAUUGGUCAGUACUUCACUGCUGCGCAAGUCUCUGCCGCGGUAGUCGGCCUUGUCUCAGCAGGAUUUCAAGAGAUGGAUGGUGCCCGCGGCUAUGUUGGAUUUCAGUGGAUGUUCCUAAUAUACGGAGUGCUUACCAUUGGCCUUGGUUUCUCUCUUCUCUGGUGGCUACCUGAUCGCCCUAUUACGCCAGGCGAAGAGCACCCUCCUCGUCGUUGGUUUAUGCGAUGGGUUCCAAGCACCAGUCCGGCUCUAACAGGCCGUGAUGCAGUCAUUCAUUACCACGAAAUGAAACGCGUCUACCAUGCUCCUGCUUGGAGUCUUCGCGAUUUGCUACAUGUGUUCAUGGACUGGAGAAUCUGGCCAUUGUUGAUUAUGUAUUUCGGUGUUGUUGGUGUUGGUAUUGGCGUUCAACUCUACGCCAACUUGAUCAUUGAAGCCAUUAACCCAUCGUUGAGUGAUGUGGAUAUUAGCUUGCUCACUGCCCCAAUUUGGAUUAUGGAUCUUAUCGCAAUUGUUCUGGUGACUCCAUUUUCCGACCGUUUCCAUCGCCAUCGCGCUCUAUUUUUCUCGAUUCCAGUUCUGCUCCAAAUUCUGGGUCUUCUUCUUACAAGUUACGCUGGAACCGACGCAAAUUCCUGGCCCAGGUACGGAGGACUGCUAAUUGUGGGCUUUGGUCUCGGUCCGACUGUACCCAUCACCAUGACGUGGACAGCGGAGAUCUUCCAGCCUCGUCAUGGCGAAGUCGGCGUCGCAGCUGCCUCUGCUGUGGUCUCCGGCUGGGGUAAUCUGGGUAGUAUCCUCACUACCUAUGCAUUGUAUUCCGGAUGGGCGAGUGAUGCCAAUGCACCAGGCCGACAGAAGUACCGAAAGAGUAACCUGGUGAUGGUGGGAAUUCUGAUCGCGAGUAUCUUAUCUGCGGUGAUCAUGCAGGUGGCUCUUCACUUUACGGAAGACCGGUACCGUCAGACUGAGGAUGAGACGGAUGCGAUUGAUGGAGCAGCUCGCCGAGAGGUUCAGCAGCGUGGAUUGCAGGGACUUGGGUCUGGAGUGGGGAGAUGGCUGAAACGCGGCAAGGGUCGGGGUGACCAGGAGUAA